AUGGCGGCGAGUUACGGUGGUGGUUGCUGUCCGCCGAUGGAUCUGAUGCGGUCGGAACCGAUGCAACUCGUUCAGGUCAUUGUUCCCAUGGAAUCUGCUCACCUUACCGUCUCUUAUCUUGGUGAUCUCGGACUCGUCCAGUUCAAAGACCUUAAUUCUGACAAGAGCCCAUUUCAACGGACUUAUGCUGCUCAGAUAAAAAGAUGUGGAGAGAUGGCGCGAAAGAUACGUUUCUUCAAAGACCAUAUGUCAAAGGCAGGAGUUUCUCCUAAAGAGAUCCUAGACAAAGAAAAUGAUAUUGAUUUGGAUGAUGUAGAGGUAAAGCUUGAAGAGCUAGAAGCUGAACUUGUCGAAAUCAAUGCUAAUAAUGACAAGUUGCAGCGGUCUUAUAAUGAACUUGUCGAGUACAAACUCGUUCUUGAGAAGGCUGGUGAGUUUUUUGCUUCUGCCCAUAGAGGUGCUACCGCUCAACAGAGUGAGAUAGAAUCACAAGAAGUGGGUGAAGACCACCUGGAGUCUCCUUUGUUGCAGGAAGAGAAGUCUAUUGAUCCAACAAAGCAAGUAAAGCUUGGAUUCCUCACUGGACUAGUGCCUCGUGAAAAGUCUAUGGUGUUCGAGAGGAUCCUAUUUCGUGCAACUAGGGGCAACAUCUUCAUUCGACAGUCUGUCAUAGAGGAGUCCGUUGUUGAUCCCAACUCUGGGGAGAAGGCUGAGAAAAAUGUAUUUGUUGUCUUCUAUUCUGGGGAAAGAGCAAAAAGCAAAAUUUUGAAGAUAUGUGAAGCUUUUGGGGCCAAUCGCUAUCCUUUCAGCGAAGAACUUGGCAGACAAGCUCAAAUGAUGACUGAGGUUACUGGUCGGUUAUCAGAGCUUAAAACUACCAUCAGUGCUGGGUUGGAUCACCGCAACGUUCUUUUGGAGACCAUUGGAGAUAAGUUUGAGCUAUGGAACCUCAAGGUUCGCAAAGAAAAAGCCAUAUAUCACACUUUGAACAUGCUUAGUCUUGAUGUGACUAAGAAGUGCCUUGUGGGUGAAGGCUGGAGUCCUGUCUUUGCAACAACAGAAAUUCAAGAUGCGUUGCAGCGUGCUGCGGUUGACUCCAAUUCUCAAGUUGGAUCAAUUUUCCAGGUCUUGAGGACCAAAGAAAUGCCUCCCACCUUUUUCCGCACAAACAAAUUUACUACUGCGUUCCAGGAAAUUGUUGAUGCGUACGGUGUGGCCAAAUACCAGGAAGCCAAUCCAAGUGUAUUCACAAUUGUUACCUUCCCCUUCCUGUUUGCUGUUAUGUUUGGUGACUGGGGCCAUGGAAUCUGUCUGCUGCUUGCAACUAUGUAUUUAAUAUUGAGAGAAAAGAAACUUUCAAGCCAGAAACUAGGGGACAUUAUGGAAAUGGCUUUUGGUGGCCGUUACGUUAUUUUGAUGAUGUCACUCUUCUCAAUAUACACUGGUUUAAUCUAUAAUGAGUUCUUCUCUAUACCAUAUCCAUUGUUUGCUAGCUCAGCAUACGAAUGCCGUGAUACCUCUUGCAGUGAGGCUACUACAAUUGGUCUGAUCAAAACCCGAGACACAUAUCCAUUUGGCGUGGAUCCUGUAUGGCAUGGUACCCGCAGUGAGCUACCAUUCCUGAACUCGCUUAAGAUGAAAAUGUCAAUCCUUCUUGGAGUUGCCCAAAUGAACCUUGGAAUCAUAAUGAGCUUCUUUAAUGCAAAAUUCUUCAAAAGUGCAGUAAACGUAUGGUUCCAGUUCGUUCCCCAGAUGAUAUUCUUGAACUGCUUGUUUGGCUAUCUCUCGGUCCUCAUCAUCAUAAAGUGGUGCACUGGUUCUCAAGCGGAUUUAUAUCACGUAAUGAUCUACAUGUUCCUGAGCCCUAUGGAUGAUUUAGGAGAGAAUCAGCUUUUCCCUAACCAGAAAAUAGUACAGCUCACGUUCCUCUUUCUGGCUCUGGUUGCUGUUCCGUGGAUGUUGUUGCCAAAGCCCUUCAUCUUGAAGAAACAACAUGAAGCUAGACAUCAAGGUCAGUCAUACGCACAGCUUGACGAGACAGAUGAGAGUCUUCAAGUAGAAACAAAUGGGGGAGAACAUGGACACGAAGAGUUUGAAUUCAGUGAAAUAUUUGUGCACCAACUCAUUCACACCAUUGAAUUUGUGCUUGGAGCUGUUUCCAACACUGCUUCUUAUCUUCGUCUCUGGGCCCUCAGUCUUGCUCACUCGGAGUUGUCGUCAGUCUUCUACGAGAAGGUCCUCCUUAUGGCUUGGGGUUUCAACAAUAUUUUCAUCCUGAUCGUUGGGAUCCUUGUCUUCAUCUUUGCAACUGUGGGAGUCCUUCUUGUGAUGGAGACAUUGAGCGCGUUCCUUCACGCUCUGCGUCUUCACUGGGUGGAGUACCAGAACAAGUUCUACGAAGGCGAUGGUUACAAGUUUGAUCCUUUCACUUUCACUCUCGUCGGAAAUGAAGAGGAGUGA